CACACCCCACGCCGUUCGCACCUGGCGCAUGCGCAUGCGCCUCAUCCGCACAUGUGCCGUGCAGAUGCAUCUGGAAAUUGUUUGGAUGCAUUUGGUUUGAUGUGCGGUGCCGUGCUGGCUGAUCUCGUCUCGACUCCCCCUCGACUCCCCCUCACUCAUCCAGCUACUCUGCCCCCUUACUCAUCUGCCCGUCUCCUCCCCACCCGAACCCAUCGCAUGCAGCAGCUACCGAGGCGCCAAUGGCUUGCUGGGUAGUGCGUUGACGAAGUCCGCCACGCACAAUGUCCACCGUCCACCAUGCACUCCACGUCCACAACAACCCCGCCAGCGCCGCGCAUAGACGGCGAAGCGUGCAAGGCAAUGCUGCUCGCGCCGAGAGCUCCUCCUCUGCCCACGUCGCCCACACUCUAACCGCAUGCACCCGCUGUCGCCAGCGAAAAACACGAUGCGAUCCCGGCCUCCCCCGCUGCGGCCCCUGCGAGCGCACCAACUCCGUCUGCGAGUACUACGAUUCCAACAAGGGCCACAACGUCAACCGCAGCUAUGUUGUCUACCUGCAGCACAAGGUGCGCGAGUUGGAGCAAGAGCUGGACAAGGUGGAGAAUGAAGAUGCCGCAGAAGAUCCCGAGGCCAUGAUGCGCGCCGCUACUGUCAACAUCCAGACCGAAAAGGACCCCAAGUUCCUCGGACCGUCGAGUGGCAUCGCCAUCACCCGCCUGGUCAUGCAGCUGGCCAAGCAGUUUGCAGAUGCCACCACCAUCCGCGACAUUGUCCCCGCGGAGCGUGCGCGGCAGAUUAAAGAUUUGAAUCAUCAAGAGCAGGCCAAGCCGACAUCCAAGGUGUAUCCGCUCAUCAGCGAUGUUGCCGCGGUAGAGCUGCCCAACCGCGCCCUGACCGAUUUGCUUGUCACGGUGUAUAAGCUCAAAGUGCAGCCCCUCUAUCCGGCCUUGCACGAGCCCACAUUGGAUCGCGACGUGGAUACUGUCUACGGCGGCGAUGCGGUGCCCUCGCAGCAUUUCGUCGUCCGCAUGGUCAUAGCUAUCAGCUUGCAAAAGCUGGACACGCAAUAUGCCGGGCUGGCGGAUAGCUACUAUCUCGCCGCGCUCAAGCAUCUCGAGCCGGUGGUGAAGGCGAUGGAUCUCAAGACACUGCAGUGCUUUGCUCUCAUGGCCGAAUACUCCCUCUUAACCCCCACACGCACCGCCAUCUUCUACGUGGUAGGCAUCGCCGUACGGCUGGCGCAGUCUUUGGGCUUCCACGAGGAGAAAACGAUUACCAGACCGGGCCCGGACGGCAAGAUCGACUACCUCGAAAUUGAUAUGCGCAGACGCCUGUUCUACUGCAUCUUGGUCAUGGAACUCGGCUUGUCCCACUCUCUCGGUCGCCCAUCUAUGCUCGCCACCAGCUGGAGCCAUCUCGACGUCGAGUGGUUCGAAACCUGCGAUGAUAAGUACAUCACCUCCGAGGGCAUAGAUCCGGCAGCAGACAGGCCCACACUCAAGAAGUGGAUCUGCAUCCACUUUUUCAAAAUGCGAGUCUUGCAACUGGAAAUCCGGCGCAAGCUGUAUCUCAAGAAGCGGCCGGAACCGAAGGACGAUACAGAUCGCUGGUUCAUCGAAAUGGAGGCCAAGCUCAAGGCGUGGAGAGAUGCUUCGCCGUCGGCUGACGAAGCCAUUGGACUGGACAAGGUCUGGUUUACCGCUCGCUACAGCACCAUGGUCGUCUUCCUCUUCCGGCCGUCUCCGCAGGUGCCGCGGCCAUCGGUGCAGGCGGCACUGAAAUGCUACGAGGCUUGUGAGUUCGCCAUCCUCAUACAGCGAGAGCAGAUUACGAAGAAGACGGUCGACAUGACCUGGGUUUUCACCCAGACUUUGUUCAUGGGCAUCAAUACAAUGCUGUGGUCGCUCAGCUACGAAGAGGUGCGGAAAAAGUACAAUCGCGAAGCUGCGGCGAAUUGUCUGGACACCGCCAUGGAUGCCAUCCAGCUCGCUUCUGAGCGUUGGCCCGGCGUUACGUCCGCGGUGAAGCUCUACCAAAACCUGAUUGCAGCUAUCCUCAAAAUCUACGAAAAGGACGGCGAUGUGCCCAUUUCGGCCGCUUCACCUUCGGAGAUUGCGUCACCACCACUCGCAUCGUUCCCGGAAGGCGCUCGAUCGCAGACCACGAGCCCGGCGACGCUGUCUAGCAUUAGCGUUGCCACGCCGCCCGCGUCUGAGAGACCCAAUGCCGCGCUCUCCUAUCUCCAUCAACAGAGGUCAAGUGUGGAGCGCAUAAUGCCGUAUCAGCCAGAUACGGACUCGACAGCUGCCACUCCUCCCGCGCGGGAGAGCGCUCCCAUCCCAACUCCGCCCGCUUACCACUCUCAGGCCUAUGAUAACGACUUCGGCCUGGCGACCACCUACCAAAACUCUAUGCCUCAGCAACAGCAACAGCAGCAACAUCAACAACAGUACUUCGACCCAUUCACCCAAUUCAACCCCCUACCACAAUUCACCCCUCACCUCACAAUCCCCAAUUGGGCACCCGCAGGCCACCUACCCCUCACCACCCAAGCCCCAAUGCAAAGCCACUUCGACGCCUUCACCGCGCAAAACCCCGUCUUCGACCCCACCCACCCCUCCUACCCCUUCCCCGCCACCAUUGAUGCCAACCUCGCCUCGAGCAACAACAACAACAAUAUCACCGGCUCCUACCUCCCACCGCACCAGCAGUACCAGCAGCAGUACCCAGAAUACCUGCAGCACCAGCUUCAGCAGCAACAACAACAACUCCCACAGCCCAGCUGGGACAUGGACGCCGGCGCUUUCGGCGCGGGCUUGACGCAGGUGCAGCAGGAGGAGCUGAUGCUCAGUCUCGAGACGGACGGCAUGGAGGACAUCCAGAGUAUGAUUGAGAGUACGCUGCAGGCGAUCACGCCGAAGCCGGCGCAGUAUCAGACGUUUAGGGGGUGAUUGGUUGUGUGCGGGCAUGAAGGACUGUGGUUGAUGCGGCUACUUUGACGACUUAUGGGUAGGGAAGAAAGGGAAAUGGAUAUUGGUAUCAUGGACGGCUUUCGGGCUUGGUUGGUUAUGGAUAGAUUAGCGUGGCGUUUGCGCGGUUCCUCGUACACGUCUUCCUUAGAUAUCGCUCGUAAUCUGUCUUUGCAC